AUGUCGGAAAGUUCAUUCGGUGCCGGUUCCUCGUCAAAAAACGAUAAAAAACGAGAUGAAGAACUUGGCGAAGACGUUGAAGAGGUUAACGCAGCUGAUUGCUCUCAAAGGCUGACAAAAAUCCUCGUCCAGCUCGGGUUGUCGCUUUUCGUGCUGGGAUGCCUGGCCGGGGCGUUGAUUUGGUCGUUUAACAAUGGGGAAAAAGGUACCGACAACGGCGAAGUUCAUCGUGAUGCUUCGAAAAACUUUUCGAUCUUCAUCGACCAGUGGGCGGCUACGGGCACUUAUUCGAAUGUUAUUAAAUCGGUUGAUGGGCCGAAUAGUACUGAACGCACAGACACGCACGAAUCGUGGUGGUAUCAGGAUGAUGCGAACAAACGGAUAGUCCACCGCCUUGAUGAAAGCCACACAAUCUACGUUCGUGCCGAUCGCUCCUAUUACGUAACCCAAAAAGAACGAGACGGGCCAAUCGACUACUGCUCGGCGCAAAAUUUCGGCUAUUCCGACUACAUUCAACGGCUCGGCAUGGGAAGUAUGAUGAAGCAUUAUUCAGAUAUCGAGCGGACAAAGAACCAUACAAAAGUCUUCAUCUACGAUGGGGAUCCGCAUGCGGUCCAACUUAUCCAAAAUCCGGCCGUUGCCUUCCUGGUGACCGCCUAUGCUGAUGCGGGCACCGGCGCUCUCAUCGGCUGGGAUACAUAUUUUGAAUCGAGUGGAAAUCAAUAUCUGUAUAUGGCUAGUUAUUGGUACGACAAAAUGAGUCCAUCCCCUCCCUGCGACGAUGUAUUCGUCAUCCCAGCGGAAUGUCCGCCA